AUGAUAGAGUGCAGUUUGAUUCUAAAGGAGAUCUUGAUAAUUAUUGUGGCUUUAUUCUUCAGCAAAUCUGAAGAUCCAAAUGAAACCUACGUUCAUCAUUAUUAAGAUCAAAAUUGCAGUGUGAUAUUGAGAUUCAUUCUAAGAAGUAUUACACAGAGCAGCAUCAUAAGUGACUUCAAAGAACUAGCUAAUGAGUUAUAAAUUAGAAUGCAACUCUUUAAUUAAUCUUAAUCAAUUCUAGACAACUAUAGCCUAUUUAGAGGAUUGGCAAACAAAAUGACAAUGUUUGAGAUUUGUUAGAUAAACAAGCAAAAGUUAGUAAAGUUGCUCAUUUAAUAUCAAGACACUUAGCUACUAUCUCAAAUUGAUAUAAGUGCCUACUCAUAACUUUAGACAGACUAUCAAGACUUAGUUAAUAUCCUACAAUAUAACUUUGAAGGUGUGCCCAUUAUCAAAUAAAUAGACUUUGCCAUUAUAUAAUCUGAAGAUAUAAGUCUCUCAUUAAGUAUCCUUAACUAAGCCAAGGAAAAACUUAGUGAUAAUGAUUUGAAAAUGCAAAUUGAAAAGCUUAUUCAACAAGUCAUGCAGGCUAAAAAUGACAAUAACAGUAGUAGAUUGAAUACGGUCAAAGAUGUGAUUUUGGACACGCAAGGAAUUCAGCACUCUAUGAUUGGAAUCAGCAUGAACUAGGGAAUCGAUAGUUUCAAUAUGAAUGAACCAGUGAAUAACAAUAAAAUAUCAUUUUAACACUGCCUCAAUGAAUUUCUCAAGAUAAGCUAAAGUAGAGAUCUAAAUUUACAAACUGAUUACCUCGUUAAAUUUCUGUAGAUGAUCAAAUAAAUUGUAGAGAUGUCUCCUAAAGAUUUUAACAUUAGAGAGUUUAUGUCCAAGACACCACUUCAAUAUUUGUGUGAGAAUGUUUUUGCUCGAGAGGAUGAAAAUGAUUUUGAUAAAAAGCAAUUUCUGAUACUCUUACUAGAAAUGUCAAGGAAAGUAGUUAAUUAAGAAAAUAUACUUAAAUUAAUACCGAAUGAAAAUAAGAAAAAGGUUGAAUGCUUGCUUACAAUGAAAGAUAAACUUAAAAUAGAUCAUAAAGAAAUCCCUAUUGACUAUUUUAGAGAACCUGAUUCAGUAUAUAUAGACUAGCAUUUUCCAGAAGUCAAAAGACCAGAGUCAACUAUCACAAAGUUUUAAGAUCUGUAUGACUUAUUAUAUCAGUUUUCAGAAAUUGAAAAUAAAACCACAAGCAAGUUUGAAGACUCGUUAAGAGAUAUCACUUUCAUUGACAUUGAUCCAAAUGAAAAUGUUGAAAAUAUAACGAUUCGUUAUCUUGAAUUCUAUCUAGAUAAAAUAGACUAAACUGAACUCCAAUUGAUGCAAAAUCUGAGUCAUAAUGGCUUGCUAAAUGAGAACUAGACAUUAAAAGAUGCUCGGAUAAAAUUAAAAUUGGAGUUUAGGCAAAUUCUAAAUGAGCUAUAAAAUGCAUCAAUGAGUCAAUUAAUUCCAGCUUUAUUGCUAUAUCUAAAGAGAUCGGAGGUAUUUAAAUUGAAGGAUGAAUGGUAUGAGAUUAUUGACUAAUAUCUUAUUCUUGCUCUAAAAGGAGAAAUCUGA